AUGCUCUCGAUACCAGAUGGCUCGCCGCUGGACGGCGAAGACGGCAAUUCGGUCACGCGCUCGAGUGUCAACGAAAAGGACCAGGGCGGAUACGAGAUGGCGCCUGCGCGACCCGGUGCGAUCGCCGGUGUGGUGAUUGGCUUGUCCUGCUCGCUUGUCGGAUUUGCCGUGCUCGCUUUCGCCAUGGCCUUCUCGCGACACGCAGAGCAGUUCGCCGAUGACUCACUGGUCUGCGAUACUGAGCAGUGUCACGAGGCGCUCAAAUUGCUCGACAUGUCCGGGAACUUGACGGUAGACCCCUGUCACGACUUUUAUGAAUACGUUUGCCACCGAUGGACACAGAACGGCAGUUUUCUGGGCGACAGCAUGGAGGACUUUUAUUCCCUACUCGACAGCAUUAUCACGCCAGGCGAGCUGCCUUAUCCGGACAUCUACGGAACGCACGUCUUCUUCCACACGUACAGGGCGUGCACUAGAUUUAUGAACAGCAGUCAAGACACUGCGGCACUGACGUCCGUUAUUCCACGUUUGCAAAAGCACGCCAGCAGCUUGCACAACCUAUCUCAACGUGAUCUGGUUGCGGCCAUAGCGGCUCUAUCGGCAGUCAGUGGCAUCGACGUUCUUUUCGGCAUCGGACUUGGACUGCGCAAUAAGAGCGUGUAUCCCGCCAUCAGAGGUGGCCGCUCGAUUAGGCAAGCUUUCGAAGGUCUUCCUGAUUUCGAAAGCCACCUGGAGGCAGCUCUCGCUGCGAUGGUUGCGAAGGCACCGUCGAAAGAAUUAGUCGCCGACGUCCUGAAACUUGACGACGUCGUGAACGCUGCUUUUGAAAACGAUUCUGAUACGAGGCUACUCAACUUGAGCGCGAUUACCGAGACAGCUCUACAAUUGGGCCCGACCGAUUGGUCGUUUCUAUUUCAGAAGUACCUACGCUGGUCUCACACAGAACGGUUCUUCUGGACUGGACGGAAUCAGGCAGAGAGCAUUCUGAAAGUCAUAGGCAGUAAUGCAACGAGCGAAACUGUGCGAGCCUACCUGUCGCUGCAGGUAGCCGCGGAAGUGCUCGCCCUCUAUUUCAAGAGUAUACUCUCGAGCGCGGAUGCUAGCCAGCCGGAAACUCGAAAGACCUGUCUGAAGGCGGCAUGUCGCGUCUCCAGUCACGCCUGCUCGUACCAGAUCAGCCGACUCCUGGGCCUGCCACCCAUAGCCGAAGCUGACACGCAAGUACUGCUCGAUGCGGUCGUUGACGCAUUCUCCGAGAAACAGGGCUUGGUUCCGUGGAUCGACAGCCACCGCUGGGUCAACCUGAUGGCAAUGUUCAGGAACACGACAGUGACGCUUCCUCACCGACUGGUCAGACCACUGAGUGACCGCUACACGCCGGUAUACCCGAACAUCAGCCAGUGGUCCGGAGAUUUCCUCGACGAGCAUCUGACACUGAUGGCGGACCACGAGGCAGCGUCCGUGUCUUACCCGCUGCCCGCAGACAUGGAAGUGUUGGCCGAGCGGCAACUUGAAGGUGCUUUUGCAUUCAACGAGGUGCUCAAGAGUGUCGUGCUGUCGGGGGCUCUGAUAAGUGCACCGGUACUAUACUCCGCCACGAUGCCAACAGAAUUCAAUUUUGGAACAAUCGGUUCCCUUCUGGCACGUGAGAUCGCUCACGUCAUCACUCCAGCCAGCAGUAAAGAAUGGUGGGACGAGCGUUCGGAACAAGGCUUCCGAGAAAACACUGAGUGCCUUCGAAAACUUCACAGUUCUUUCGAUGGAGAGACUUCGGGCUGGAACGUUGCGACCGCAUCGAAGCUGUUCGCUUGGACCAUGGCGGCGAGGAUAUCGUUGGACGGGCUGCUCAGUGGUGCGGGCGGAAUCGGCGGUCCGCCUUUGCCUGGCUCAAAGCAGCCUCCGACAAGUCCCGAUGCCAUCAGGACAUUCUUACGACGAUUCUGCUUGCUGUCGUGCGGUCACGACGAAGCCCACCUAUCGGCGCGCAGCCUUUGCAUGAUCCCGCUAAUGGGAAUGCCCGAGUUUGCGGAUGCCUUCCGUUGCCCUCGUGGCACGGUUAUGAACCCCAACGACAGCUGCGCCCUCAGAUUUCCUGAGCAGCGAGACCUAGAGCGUGCCAGAAAGCUUUUAUAAUAAAUAGGGAUAUAUGUAUAACGAAUCAGUAUAGGUUAUUGUACACGGAUGGCUACGCCGUAGCUUUAACUCGGCAAAGCUGGCACCGUUUACUGUGAAAUACAUUGUAAAGUCGCGAAUACAUCACAAGUCGAACUUGAUGUUGGUUCUGUUGAGCCGCCAACAAGUUUAACCUGUUAUGUAUUUACAGCUUUGCUUUAUAUCAAACACUUUCUUGCUAUCAUGGUUUAC